CAUUUCACUUCGGGAGCGUAGGUUUCGUUGAGCACGGAGCGAACUUGUUUAUUUGACAAAAGUUGAACGUUAAAUGAGGAAACUGCUCGAACAAGAGCUCUUUUUAUGCGCUUGCCAACCCUUGUUUUCUCUCAUCUUAAGAGCAAGAGGGAAUGCGUGGAUGAAAAAGUAGAAAUAGGGACGUUGAGCUCGAAAACGCUCAUUCGUGAUCGUCAAUUUGAAGUGUGAACAUCGUGAACGUACAAUCCUGUGCUCAUCAUGACUGGAAGAGGAAAGGGAGGAAAAGGUCUGGGUAAAGGAGGAGCCAAGCGUCACCGAAAAGUGCUGCGGGAUAACAUCCAGGGCAUUACCAAGCCCGCCAUCCGCCGUUUGGCUCGGCGCGGAGGAGUGAAACGUAUCUCCGGCCUCAUCUACGAGGAAACCCGUGGCGUCCUGAAAGUAUUUCUGGAGAAUGUGAUUCGUGAUGCGGUCACUUACACUGAACACGCCAAGCGUAAGACCGUCACCGCUAUGGAUGUGGUGUAUGCUCUGAAGCGUCAGGGCCGCACUCUGUACGGUUUUGGAGGUUAAAUUUAUCUCUAUAAAACUUCCAUGUGGAGUCUCAAAUCAAACGGUCCUUUUCAGGACCACAAUACAUUACUCAAGAGCUGUGUCUUUCGCAACAUUAAAAUGUUUUAUUUGAGAGAAAAAAUGUCUAUGAUGGCUUCGAAUGGUGUGCGUAUAACAUUUUACUUGCAUAACAAGCACUCACAAAAGUUUGCAUGCGUUUGAAGCGUACAUAAAAGCGACGAUUGAAGUGUUUGUUAAAAUAUUGAAUUUUUAUUUACUUAUUAAUUUAUGAAUUUAUUUUAUAGUCUCGAAUUAAAAUUAUUUAAUUUUUCAGGGCAAGCCUCUCAUCCUCUUGAAGCAAUAAUCGCCGCUACACAUGCGCUUCGUUCAUUGAUACUUGUGAUAAUUAUUCAAAAGAAGGAUUGGGCGAAAAAAAGCUACACCGUUUUCAUGAGGUUUGUGAGUUUAUUAUAACAGCUAACGGUGCCAAUGCUGCCUUUGACUCCGUAAAUCACUCAACGCUAAUUUCAAAACUAUCAAGCUACGGAAUAAAUAGAACGCUUGUUCAUUGGCUCUCCUGUAAUUUAAGUGUAAGACAAAUUACAGUGAAUAUUUCAUCCGGGGUUUCACAAGGCAGUAUUCUAGGCCCUAUUCUUUUUAUCAUUUUCAUAAAUGAUAUUAUUUACGUUAUACCAGAUUGCGAAACAUUGUUUUAUGCAAAUGAUAUGAAAAUGUUCCUACUAGUAUCAGAUCAAACCGAUUGUUUAACUCUUCAAAACUGUUUAAUUCGAUUUAACUCAUACCCACCAAAUACUUUCUGCAAGAUUUGCUAUCAGGGUGCUAUGAACAUGAAGAAAUUAACUCCACCUCCAAAAUCUAUGCUGUAAACUGAAUGCUACAUAUUUUCUUGGGAUACUGACUACAUUUGGUAUACUUACUUAGCGAUGCUCCGCUAGCGAUGCUUACAUUUUGGUUUGUACAUUUGGUAAUUGUUCCCCAGCUUCCGUUAUCAUUAAAAUGUUUCCCAGUUAUUAUCCAGGACAAACACCCUGGGACCUCAUAGAUCGCAUAAUGAAUUAUUUGGGAAAAGUAACGCUCAGCCCUCUACAUUACGCUAGCGUUACGAGUAACGUCUGUCUAGCGCAAACCCAAGCAGCAUUUUUGAACGCCUGGUUUAAUCGUCGUGGAUGAGCAAAUUAAUAGAUUAUCAUGUCUUAAUAUAUUUUAUUUUACAUGAUAAUUAGAAAAGCAACAAUUUUUGAACAAACAUAAAAAAGAACAGCAAUUGCUUCUAAAGAUAACACUCAUUGAUAAUUCAUGAGUAUAAAUAAAUUAUAUUAUUACUAUUAGGCUAUCAUUUUUAACAGCAAUCAGAGUUGUAACAACUUCACGUGUUAUAAUUAUAACAAUCUUACACAUAAAAAAUGGUAACUUUUAAAAAUGAUUAUUUAUUUAUGUUCCCAACUAUUGAUAAAGCAAGAUAAUGAAAUACAUACAAAUAUUUACUACCUUCAUUAACCUCAAUUUAAAAAAGAGCCCUCGCACCUAAAGUAAAGUUUAUUCACAAUAGGCGGAAACAUAGAUUGAAUAGGUAAUAAUUAUAUUUCAUAUACAUUAUUAAUUUAUUAAUAUUUUUAAUAUUUUAUACUUUCUAAUCAUAGGAAAUGUUACUAAAAUUGAAAGCUUAUGGGGUGUUAAUAAACUUUUCAAAAAUACUGCUUGGGAAUUUUAAAAGGCAUGUAACGCUUCUCAUAUGUAACGUAGAUCACUGAGCCUUACUUUUACCAAUUAUUUAGAUGGCGUUACUACUGGUUGCAGGGACUUUGAUCACCACUAGACGGCGUUAUUGAAUGUGGAGUUGCAUAUGCGUUAGGGCAUUUCAAUACUUUGUAUUUUAUAGGCAUUCCUACAUUGCAAAUCAUUUUAUUGUUUCAAACAACGAAACACUUUAAAAUGCUUCACAAAUUUGGGUAACUGGUGAUUAAGAUGAAGGGUGAAGGGAAACAUUAAUAAGUAUGGUUGUUUAUUUGAACCUUCCUAAUUUUUGGUCCAACUUUUUUAAAGCCAUUAUCAACGUUUCCCGAUAUAUUGAAAGCCAAACUUUUGUGAGAACCUAAGGCUACCUAAACGCACAACAUUUUUCGACAAUCGACCCUUUCAACACUUUCCCGUGGUUAACGAUAAAUCAGGUAAAAGUGUCCUUUACUGUUUUCAGAAAAAGGUCAACACGCAGGUAUCACUGGUUGCAUUUAUAUGGUAA